GCAGAAACAACCCAGCCAAACAAUACCAACAACGACGACGAACAACAAACAGCAACGGCGAGAGGAGCAAACAAACAACACGUUGCCUUCCUUCCACGCUGUGUCCCCCAUCGUCCCCUCACUCCACCAGCAGGCGCAGCUCAUGGUGACCUUGAGCACACGAGGCACACACCAUGUUUCGUCUGUGCUCAUCCUCCAGCGCCGUUUCGGUGAAAUCGUCCAAGGCACCCUCUCGCCAGCCAAGUGACAAAUUGCCGCGCCGAACGAGCUCUCGACCGGUGUUUGGAUCGGCGCUGGAGUCUCUGCCAACUGCCGGCGCGUCGCUCGUCCCCGCCGUCGUCCAGUCCAUCGUCGAGUUCCUCACAACAAACGGGAUGGAGGUUGAAGGUGUGUUUCGUCGCGCCGGCAGCAAACGACAGAUCAACGAGCUCAAGGACGCCUUCAACAGCACGGGUGGAACGCUGUCACUGCAAGAUCACUUCCCAGAGGCGACGGCGUCCGAUGUUUUUGCUGUCGCGGAUCUCCUCAAGGAAUUCCUGCGUGAGCUGCCAACGCGUCUUGUUCCGAAAGAGACGACGACGCAACUCCGCACAGCGCACCUGCAGUGGAAACGGUUCCCGACACCACAUGACGCAGAAAACCCAGCCGCAGGCUUUGAACCCAUCAAGCAGGUGCUCGACACGCUGUCGCCGGCGCGCUAUGCGCUGCUGUCGUAUCUGCUCGCGUUCCUCUCCCGUCUCGCCCGCCGCGCGGCGACAACCAAGAUGACGCCAGAGAACCUCGCCACCGUCAUUGGCCCAAACAUCUUCUUUGCUGAGUCACGCCCCGUGGAUCUUGCAUCAUCCAUCCAGGAGAUGGAGGCCGCGUCCGUCCUCACGCGUUUCUUCAUCCAGUACUACCAGUCCCUCUUCAAGCCAGCCCUGCCCCUGCCACCACAGGCCAUGGUGGCGCCAGUUGGGAAGGACGGUGAAGGCGGAUUGGCAGUCGACAGUUUCUCCCGGACACAAUCGCCGGCGCCGCUGCCAGGCUCGGAGGACCUGCCUCGCGAAACAAUGAGCGCGGUAAACGCGUUUAACCAGGCGCCCAGCACCGCCCCGGAUGCAGAAGCCAGCGGUGAUGGUGGUGAUGAUGAUGCGAGUGGACUUGUGAGACGCAUGUCAGGAACAGAGUUGAAGCAAUACCAAGAGCAGCAGCAACAACAACAACAGCAGCAGCAGCAGCAAAAGUUGAUGUUGUCACAGCUGAAGGAAGUGGAAUCACACGAAGAACGCGGUGAGGACAAUGGUGGUGGUGGUGGUGGUGGUGAUGGCGAUUAUGAUGAUGUGAGGAUUGCCGUGGCCCCGGUUAAGGUGACGCGUGUCGUGCUGAAGGAGAGCAAGAAGGACACACAUCACACUGAUGAUGUUGAUGGUGAUGGUGACGACAAUGACGACGAUGACGAUGCUCGUCAUGGUGAGGGUGAUGGUGAGGGUGGUGGUGAUGGUGAGGGUGAUGGUGAGGGUGAUGGUGAGGGUGGUGGUGGUGAUGGUGGUGGAACAAAGGCAAGACGGCUGCGCGAGCAAGGGCGGGAAGAGCAGCGGAGACGAAGGAGACAGGAGGUGCGGGGCAAAGCACAACGCGACACCAAAGGUGGGACGGGCCAUGGCGUGUCGGUUGUGGUGACAGGAACUGACGACAAGAACAGCCAAGCGCCGCAACAACAACAACAACAACAACAACAACAACAACAACAACAACAACAACAACAACAACAACAGCAGCAGCAGCAGCAGCAGCAGCAGCAGCAGCAGCAGCAGCAGCAGCAUCGCCCGCGGUCGUUUGGCGGCGUGUGUUACGAUGGUGUGACAUAUGGGCCCGACCACCCGUUCCACCGCGCGCCGCCAGAGACAGCCCGCAUGCAGCAGCUGCUGUCGUCUCCAGGCCUCUCCCUCUCCCUGGAAAACCUCGCCAGCAUCGGCGGCUAUGGUAGUGGCGGUGGCGACAACACGGGCACCAGCGGCAGUGGUGGUGGUGGUGGUGGUGGUGGAAGCGUGUUUAUCAAACAGCCGUCUGGCAUGUCACCGUCACCAUCAACGCCCGUGUCGGCAUCUGCUGCCUCGGCGCAGGCGCUGCUGCUGCACCCGUUUGCAUACACCCCAGACCACCUGCACCACCUCUCGCCAACAGCGGUGGCUGCCCCAGUGCUGUCGCCAACAUCACGCCCCUCCUCUGCCUCAUCAUCAACAACAGCGUCGCUCAGGGCAACGCGCGCACUCGUCACCAAGACCCUCACGCGCGUGCUGUUUGGCCACGGGUUUGGCGGCGGUGGCGGUGGUGGAGGCGCUGGUGGCGAUGUUCGCAGUCGAAGUGGUGCUGGUGAUGGUGCUGGUGCAGGCAACGACGUUGUGCGUGUUGGUGUCGCCAGUGACAGCGACGAUGAUGGUGAAGGUGACAACUGGAUGCAAGGCGCGACUGCCGCUACGGGAAGUGGCGAUCACUUCAUUUCUCGUGGCCGUCGUGGUCGCACUCCGCUGGCAGCGGCUGCAGGCGUCAUCGCACCACACGGCCACAAUCACCAUCACAAUCACCAUCACCGCCAUCAUGAUCACGACAACGCCGCCCUUGGUGGCGACGUGAGCAAGGCGUGGACAGCGCCAGCAACAACAACUGGGAGCGAUGUUGCUGCUGCUACUGCUGCAGCUGCUCUCCUGCAUGAGGACGACCCUUCGAGUACGGCGAGCGCAGCACCCGGGACACACGUGGACAAAGUUGAUGGUGAUGAUGAUGGUGAUGAUGAAGGUGUGACAUCACCAAGGAGGAGAACACGGCAUGUGCACAAGGGCCGCCAUCACGAUGCUGAUGGUGGUGGCUCGCAUGUGCAUGUGCGCAAAAGGACGAGUGGAACCAGCAGCGGUAGCAGCGGCAGCAGCGACGGAGUGUCCACCCACCACUCGCAACAACACUCGCAUUUCCACCGCCAUCAUCAUCAUCAUCACACGACGACACCCGUGUCCCUGCCGCACGAUGUGCACAACACUGCUGAGCGCGUUCCUGGCGGUGUUGAGCUCUCGCUUCACGUCCCGCACCCAACCAGCCCAUCGCGAACAGCAGCAACCACAACAGCAGCAGCAACAGGAGGAGGAGGAGGAGGAGGAGGAGGAGGAGGAGGAGGAGGAGGGAGGACGGUUGUUCAAGUGCCGUCGUCGUCGUCAUCACCCGCAUCAUCACCGCUGCACAGCCCGGCCAGGAAGCGGGGGAGUGCUGGCGGUGAUCAUGGUCAUGGUCGUGAUCGUCACAGUCAUGAUGACGGCAGGAAGGAUAGGCGAAGGGAGAGCUGGACCGAGGGUCCACUACAACAACAACAGCAGCAGCAGCAGCAGCAACAACAACAGCAGCAGCAGCAGCAGCAGCAGCAGCAACAGCAAUUGUCGUCAUCCUCGUCGUCAUCGCCACAGCACGUGCCCUCCCGUCGGCGAACGUCUGACCAAUUCGGUAACCCACAACAGCAGCAGCACCACCACCACCACCACCACCAGCACCAGCACCAGCAGCAGCACCAGGAUGGUGGUGACACACGCGGCAGCAGGGUGGCGACAGGAACAGCCCCUGCAGUCACGGUCACCACCGCGAGCAGCACUGAUGGUGGUGUUGGUGGUGGUGAUUUGUUGGUGGAGGUGGAUGACGAAGACACGCUCACACAGUACCGCCGUGAUCACCUGUCGUCUGAUUUGCGCGUGGAUGUGGAUGGACUUGUGGCUGCUGCUGUUCCCGUGUUUGCAUCGCCAAACCGCAAGAACGCGGCCUUCCUCCUCCUCUGCUGCAAGGCGCUCUCAAAGCGUGUGCGUGCGUUUGAUGCGGAGUUCCUGGCUGCAAACGGACGAAAACCGCACAGAGAGGAGCGAGCGCCGGUGGCGACACACGUCCGCCUCUAUCGCCGGCUCAAGACCUGGAUGCAAGAGCGCGGGCUGCUGUCUGCUGACGGGCGGCAGCUGCUUGUGUCCACGUCGUCAUCGUCAGUGUCGUCGGUUUCGGCAUCCUCAUCGCGCCUCCCAUCACAAUCCGACACCAAACCACCAACGGCAGCAGCAACACCAAUAACAGUAACGGCAGCAACAGCAGCAGCAAAGGCGCCAUCAACGACAACGACGACAACGACAACAGCACCAGCGACAACGGAGACCGACAGGAAGACCAAGAAGACGCCGCCACCGCGCCCACCACCGCCACGAACACACACGCGCAGUGAUGGUGAUGCAGCCACCACAGCACACGCAAUCGUAUCGGCAGCUGUUGACAGUGCUGAUGACAAGGACGAAGGUCGUGGUCACCGUGAUGGCCACGAUAAUGGUGUUGGUGGUGAUGGUGGUCGCGGUGGCAAAGGUCCAGAUGCACGCGCUGUGGUUGCAGCGUUUCAGGCAUGGCGCAAAACACACGACACAAGCGAUGAGGCCCUCAAAUCAGAGUUGGAAGCGUUUGAGAAGGAGCACAAGCACGUGAUUGCUGGCGCUUCGUUGCAUCAGACCAUCUAA